ACGCGCGGCCAGCCGGGAGGAGGGCAGGCGGCGGGGAGGGACGAGAUCGCGAUAGCGGGCCUCGAGCGGGCGCAUGUCGAGCAGUUCGAGGCGCUCGGGUUCGAGCGGAGUAAAGUCAUUGACGUGCUUCGUCGAUUGAACUACCGCGGGGCGAACGUCGCCAAGAUCAACGACGAUAGGGUGGUCGAGGAGUUGCUGAAGUGA